AUGCGCAUCGGCGGCACCGAUAAGGAUCCAGAGGAUGCCUUCGACUUCUGGGACGCCAAGUGGUUCGGCUCCGCUAUCAACGGCAAGCCUGAUGAAUCUUUUUCCUCGUCUUCGUUCACGGAGGUGGAGACGGCCGGGGAGUCCGGCACUGCAGCUCCCCGAUGGAGGUUGAAGCUGGAUAUGGGCAGCGCCUCCCGGCCCAAGAAACGAAGGAAACCGCUCGGCGAGGACGCCCACUUCGUCAGCGAAGCGAGGAACGCGUUCGGCGUUGCCGACGGCGUCGGCUGCUGGUCCAAGAGCGGCGUGGACGCCGGCAAGUUCGCCCGGCAGUUGAUGUCCUCCUGCAAGGAGGAGCUGGAGCGAGCCGGUAGCUGCAGAGCCACCGGGUCCGUGCUGCGACGCAUCCUCAAGAAAGCCCUGAGGAAGACGACCGCUAGGGGGACGUCAACGGCGUGCAUCGGGGCUGUGGACGGGCAGCUCCUGCGUGCCGUCAACAUCGGCGACAGCGGAUUCAUGGUGGUGCGAGGGGACGCAGUCGCUUACCGCUCCCCCUCGCAACAGCACUCCUUCAACUUCCCUUUCCAGAUCGGCCGGGUGGACGAAGGCACUCCGCUCAAGAGGGCCGUGGAGCUCGCGACGGAGCUCGUCCCCGGCGACGUCAUCGUGGCGGCGAGCGACGGGCUGUUCGACAACCUGUUUGAGGAGGAGAUCGUCGAGCUGGUAGCAAGAAAGCGGGCGGACGUCUUCGGCGGGACGGCGGAGGAGAUGGCGCGUGCCCUGGCGGCGGCGGCCGAAGACGCCUACAGGAAAGGGAAAGAAACACCCUUCGGGGUGGCCAGUCGGGCGGCCGGGUCCCCCUGGAUCGGCGGCAAGACCGACGACAUCACGGUCGUCGUCGCGAAGGUACGCACGCCUAAGGCUUCCGGUCUUAUUCUCUUCUCCCAGGGAGCUCACCGUCACUGA